AAACAACAUUUGCAGUCGGCCCAGAACCGCCCAUCCAGAACUCGAGCUUCACUUCCUGAAUGUUGCCGACCAAGCUCGCAGUUCGCCGAUCCAUGAGCUCCUUGACGAAGAAGACCAUCAACCCUCGCGUCGUCGAAGCCGAGUAUGCUGUCCGCGGUCCGCUGGUUCUCAAGUCGAUCGAACUUCAGAAGCGCUUGAGCGCUGGGGAGAAACUCCCUUUCGACAAGAUCAUUUCGUGCAACAUCGGGAACCCCCAAUCGCUUGGCCAGAAACCGAUUCAAUUCCACCGCGAAGUCUUGGCCUUGGUCAACAUGCCUGGCUUGGUGGACCACCCGUCCGCGCCGUCCAUUUUCAAACCUGACGCGAUCGCCCGCGCCAAGCGCUACCUUCAACGCAUUCCUGGUGGCACUGGUGCCUAUGGUCAUUCUAAAGGCGCUGAUGUUGUUCGCGAAGAAGUCGCCCAGUUCCUCUAUGAACGCGAUGGGUACAAAGCGGAUCCUGAAUCCAUUUUCUUGACCGAUGGUGCCUCCCAAGCUGUGCAAUCGAUUUUGUUGGCGUGCAUUCGCGACGAAAAUGACUCGAUCCUGGUCCCCAUUCCCCAAUACCCGUUGUACUCUGCUGCGAUUGCCAUCAACGGCGGCACUUUGAGCGGUUACUAUCUCGACGAGUCGACUGGCUGGAGCAUGAGCAUCCCCGAGCUCAAGCGCACGAUUGGCGAAGCCCGUGCCAAAGGCAAGACCCCGCGCGCUUUGGUCGUGAUCAACCCCGGCAAUCCGACUGGUCAAAUCUUGAGUGAAGACAACAUGCGUGACAUCAUCACGUUUUGCAAGGAAGAAAAGCUCGUGCUCAUGGCAGAUGAAGUGUACCAAGAGAACGUAUACGCGUCCGACAAGCACUUCGUCUCGUUCAAGAAGGUUCUCCGUGACAUGAACAGCGACGUGGAACUUGCGAGCUUCCACUCGACGUCCAAGGGGUUCACCGGCGAGUGCGGCCGCCGCGGAGGCUACAUGGAGCUUGUCAACUUUGACCACGACGUGAUGGAAGAACUGUACAAGCUCGUGUCGAUCAACUUGUGCUCGAACAUUGAAGGACAGCUCAUGGUCGCGCUCAUGACGAACCCUCCCAAGCCCGGCGACGCAUCGUACGACCUGUACGUCUCCCAACGCGACGAAAUCGUGAACUCGUUGAAGCGCCGCGCGCUCAAAUUGGUUGCGUCCUUCAACGAGUUGGAAGGCGUGACUUGCAAUGCGACGGAAGGUGCGAUGUACACGUUCCCUCGCAUUACGGUCCCUGCCAAGGCCGUCGCUGAAGCGAAGAAGGUCGGCCAAGCCCCCGAUGCAUUCUACGCGUUUGCCCUUUUGAACGCUACGGGCAUUGUUGUCGUUCCCGGCUCUGGGUUCGGCCAGGAAGAUGGUACGUUCCACUUCCGAUCGACGAUCUUGCCGCCUGAAGAAGCCAUCGACGAAGUGAUCGCGAAGACCGCCAAGUUCCACGCCGACUUCAUGAACAAGUACCGAUAAAGAAUCCAAAAAGUGUUGCAAAUUUUGGUGAAAAAUACACCAAUUUGAUGUGGA